AUGCUUCCACUGAAUAAAUUCAGCAGAUGCCGGGGUGCGGGACCGCCCCCCGCGGCGCUGCCGCGGGGUGUUCGGGCCAGGCAGGGUAGAGCAGCGGGUUUUGGUUUCGUUUCGUCCCGCCGCAGGUACAGGGGAGAGGGGAUCCUGCCUGCCAGCCCCCAGGGUGUCUGGGAAUGCAUAAAACCGGUGGCCGGCGGGCCCAGGACCGAGUGGGACCAAAACGUGAGAGACUUCGAGGUCGUCGAAGCCAUCAGCGACACUGUCUCUGUAUGCAGAACCACAACCCCUUCAGCUUUCAUGAGGAUUAUUUCACCAAGAGAGUUUGUGGAUGUGGUGCUAGUGAAGCAGUAUGAAGAUGGGACGAUGCUAUCUGCUGCCACCAAUGCGGAACACCCGCUGUGUCCUCCUCAACCAAAUUUCGUGAGAGGUUUUAAUUAUCCGUGUGGCUGUUUCUGUAUACCUCUUCCAGGGGAGCCAGACAGGACUCAACUCCUCAGUUUCUUUCAGACUGAUCUCGGUGGCUAUCUUCCCCAGGCGGUGGUGGAUUCCUUCUUUCCAGCUAGCAUAGCUGGAUUUUACAGCAACCUGACCAAAGCUGUUAAGGCAUUAAAAGCGUGACAAGACCGGUUCCUGACAUCACCAGCUGAGGGUAGGAAAAAACCUGGCAGCUUGAGGGUAGAAAUAGGAAGUUGGCCUUACAGGACUUUACUACCAGCAAAGAUACUUAUGAAAGGUGAAA